AUGGUCAAUAUCAACGUCGAUGCUCUAGUGGUCGGUGCAGGAUUCGCAGGAAUUUAUCAAACAUAUCGAUUGAGGGAGCUGGGCUUCAACGUGCGAUGUAUCGACAAAGCUGGCGGAGUCGGGGGUACCUGGUACUGGAACCGUUAUCCUGGUGCCAUGAGUGAUACUGAGACAUAUUUAUACCGAUACUCCUGGGAUAAAGAAGAUCUGUGCUCAUAUCCCUGGACGCACACUUACGUCUACCAACCUCAAAUUCUUGAAUACCUCAACCAUGUCGUCGAUAAACAUAACUUGCGAAAGAAUAUGCAAUUCCAUACCGAGAUGACUUCGGCUGACUGGGAUGAAGAGUCUCGUCUUUGGACAAUCACUUGUGCCACGGGCGACAAGUUCGUCGCACGAUAUCUGAUUAAUGCCCUUGGCUUAUUAUCUACGCCCAACUAUCCCAACAUCAAGGGCAUUGAUUCGUUUCAAGGGACUUUAGUUCACACGGCGUCCUGGCCAGAAGAUCUGGACCUCAAUAAUAAAACUGUUGGAGUCAUCGGUAACGGCUCGACAGGAGUACAAGUCUUGACAGCGUUAGCUCCUAAGGUCAAACGCCUUGUCUCCUUCCAGCGACAUCCCCAAUAUUCAGUACCGAGUGGCCAGGGCCCGGUGCAAAAGGGUUAUCGACAAUGGGUGAACGAAAACUAUGAUCAGAUUUAUCAAGGAGUAUGGAAUUCCAGUACCGGCUUUGGGGUGCCAGAAGUCUCGACUCCAACCAUGUCUGUCUCAGCAGAGGAAAGAGAGCGCACUUUUCAAGCUCUCUGGGACCAAGGCAACGGCUUCCGAUUCAUGUUCUCCGGAUUCGGCGAUAUCACUACUAAUGAAACGGCAAAUAUUGAAGCCUGCAAAUUUAUUCGUUCGAAAAUUGACGAGAUUGUAAAGGAUCCUAAGAAAGCAGCGGUCCUAAAGCCUAAAGAUCUCUACGCACGGCGACCACUCUGCGACACAGGAUACUACCAGAUCUUUAACCAAGAAAAUGUUGAUAUAGUGGGCCUCCAGGACACUCCUAUUACAUCUAUCGUUCCAGAAGGCAUUGAGACUGCAGAUGGCAAGGUUCACAAACUGGACGUGCUAAUAUUCGCAACUGGUUUCGAUGCUAUCGAAGGCAGCUAUUUGAGAGUUGCUAUCAAAGGUCGGAAUCAUCGGACGUUGAAGGAGGAAUGGAAGGACGGUGCGUCAGCGUUUGCGGCAGUUGCAGUUCCAGGAUUUCCAAAUAUGUUCCUCAUUUCUGGUCCACAAGGUCCUUUCGCUAACUUUCCUUGCUCUAUCGAGAGUGAGGUCAACUUCAUUACUGCGUGCAUUCAGCACGCCGAGAAUCAAGGCACAAACGGGAUCAACGGGACAGUGCGCAAAUCACCUAUAAUGGUAGCAAAGCCUGAAGCCAACAAAGCCUACCAAGAUUUGUGCUUCAAGCUGACUGAGGGCUCUCUGUUCACAAAGAGCGCAAGCUGGAUCUUUGGCACUAACUUGGAAGGCAGAAAACCAGUGGUGAAGUUUUACUUUGGUGGGCUGAAGGCGUAUCGAGACCUCACGGGUGAAGAGGAAAAGCAAGGGUUUCCAUCAUUUAGUUGUCAGCAUUAA